UUGAGAACUUCCUCGGCACCCGCGUUACUGCCAUCAACUCCAUAAUCAAGGAAGGUGAAGCCUUUUCGGGAUAUCUCCGCUGGCGGCUGCUAGGCGAGGCCAAGCCGCGCAUCAAUGUCAACGGGUACACGCAGCGACAGAACCAGUGGGUGACGCCCGAGGGCAAGUUCCGCAACCGGAAUGCGUCGCUUUUGACUACAGCGGCAUGGGAGCUAGUCGAGCGCAUAGCAACUCUGCACGAUGAGUUGUACGUGCACGAGAAGGGGUACGCUUACAACGGCGUGCCAAUCCCCGAAUUGACCAAGAAUCCCGGUCUGUUGGGGAAGGCGUUUGCGCCGCUCCGGGACAUUGAGGCUGCCGAGGACAACGAGUUCAAGAUUAUUAAGUUUCUCAUGGAAAAGAGCCCCAAUGCGUACAUGUGGGAGAAUAGACACUCGGGGGCCUUGGGAAGGCUCAAGAGAAGGCUGGCGUAUCUACAGCAAUCGCUCAACGAGCAGGAGUUGAUGAUAAUGUGGAUGCGCGAGAGGCUGGCUGCCGAGGCCCAGUUUCAUCGGAACAGGACCACGGGGUCCACACCGGAGGACAUGCCUGAUCGGAUCAACUGGAAGCAGCCCGUCGACGAGCUGGUCGAGACAUUCACGCGACUUGGGUUCAGGACGCAGGAAAAGUAUAUCAUUGCCAAGGAGCGGAAGGACACUCUCCAGAAGGAUAUCCACUCCUCUGAGAAGGAAUGGGAGAAGUGGAAGUAUAACAACUGUGGUGGUGUGUCUGACCCUUCCCUCGUUUUCUUCUCUUCUGUCAAUUCCUUCCCUUUCCAUCAUCCAUCACAGCAGCUAACACUGAAGAAUCCAGGUACCUCCUGCUACGAUACCUUCUCCACCGACAGCCUCCUCCUCGGCAACACCCAAAAGCUCUACCAAGGUCUCGACCUCUCCACCAAGCUCGGCAUCCACGACCGCGCCAAUCCCAAGAGGUUCCGAGCCCACAAGGCCGUAUCUUCUUCCCAAGGCGAGCCCGACAUCUCCUACGAGAAGAUCUGCUGCGGGAGGAGUAUGGACAAUGAGUGGGCCGAAUGCCUCAAGUACGGCUCCAAACUGGUAUACCAACACCCACUCCAAGGCCACAAGUCAAUUGCCAAAGAGAUCGAGUCGGCCGAGGCCAGGCGGCAGGCAGUUCCGGAAAUUGCAGCCAGCAAGGCUUAACAUAGGGGUUCUUGUUAGAUGAGGAAGUUAAUACUUGCCAUUCCGUUGACCGGCAUUGUUUAUUUAGUACUAGAAUGAUGAAAAUGGAUCGAUUUUCGUCCAAUUUGUAUACUGCUCUUGUGGAAAUACGCAAU